UUUCAUCUGUUUAUUUUGUCGUCGCCGGCGAAGUUGGUUCGUUGGUUGGCGCGGUGGGUUUCACGUAGUACACGUGUAAUAAGCGUUCUCAGCACUUUUGAUUUGCCGUUGGCUACGCAAGCUUCAAGUUAUAGCUUCCAAAUGCAGUACCUCGGUGCCCUCUCCUUACAAGUUCUUGCUCUUUUCACACUUUGCUGUAUAGCGUUUUGUGAGCCGACCGUGCAGGAGCUGAAGUGUCAAGUGUGCAAAGCGUUGGUGACAGAGUCGGUUGCGGCUAUUGCAAAGGUUGACCCUAAAAAGAAGAUACCUGUCGGAAGCUUCAGGCUGCAAGCCGAUGGAACUCAGAAGCAAAAAACGAUUCCUUACGCUGGCUCGGAGGCGCACAUGCACGAUGUCCUCGACGAAGUGUGCAGCCAGAUGGACAAUUACGCACAGGCGACACACAAGGAGAACGGAGAGCUCAUCCUCGUGAAUCUCAGCAAGGACGUUGACAAGCUGAGCACUUACCAAGUUGUCCCUGACCCCACUGCUAAUGGAAAAAUUCGGCAGCUCUGUGAAGAUAUGAUUGGGGAGUACGAAGACGAUUACAUGCGAGUUUUCUCAAAGCACAAGAUAAGGGUGGAGCCCCAAGCCUUCAGGUUGCUUUGUGAAAACAACAAAGAAAUCUGCGGAGAAAAGGCGAAGGAAGAGCUGUAGCUGCCAUUCUACACUUCACUGUCACUACCGUGUGUGCAGGCCCACGUGAUGGUAGAACUUUUCAAGAACAAAAAAAUUUUGUCGAAAGGCACACCCAAGUCUUCAGUGCUGACGUUGCAUUCCUAUUUAUUUGGCACCAUGUGCCAGCAUUCAUUUCUUUGUGUGAUGUUAUGUUGUGACAACUAUGAGACAGCCUUAUAUGGUUCUUAACGGUUAAACCAUUCAGUCCUGCUGAGGGCCCAAAAAACAAAAAAAGAAAACACAUUUAACGUUUUUUUUGUUUUUUUUUUUUUGGAGGGCAGUGGGGUUGCACUCACUCUCUUAGAUUUCACCCAUAUUCCAAACGUACGAUAGUUUUGAAGCGUAUCUUUGCUCAAAUAUGCGUUACUGCUCUAUACAAUAAAAAAUGCUCUUGAGAAAAAGAA